GUCUGGAGUGACAAGGCACUCACGGCUUCCAUCUACAAGUCUGCAGCCCAGAGAGCAAUGGAAGAUGUGAAUUGGGACAGCAAAGUGCCCCCUCCCCUUCCCCCGGCCGAGACAACAGUCGAGAAACACGCCGACCCCGUGAACGAAAAACUGCGACAGAUCAAAGCAAACCGACGGGAGAAGCCGACAGAAUGGCAGAUGCUAGCAAAGGGGUGGGACUAUAACCAGAUGCGAAACCAGUACCUUCACCAGAAGAGACCAUAUAGCUACAGUUCCCUCCACAAGACCCACCAGAUACCAGACUACAAAGGCCACUGCGGGGGGUUGGGGGAGCGAGACGACACCUAUAGCGAGUUCCACCCGCUGAAUGUUAAGCGGAACGACGUGCCACCCUAUUACGGAACUGGGCGGACUGGAAACAUUCCAGGUUACACUGGAAAAAUCUGGUGGCUGGGUGUGUUGGCGGCGCAUAAUUACAAACCCGAGAAUACAGACACGACUACACUGAGUACCCAUGUUAGGUUGCCGCCGACGACGGCUCCCGAACAUGCAAAACGGGAGAAACUUACCAAACUGAUAACAUCUGUGCCCCCUCACAAUCCGUUUAGAAGGGUAGACUCAAAUGGAGACCCCCUAGCGAAAGGGGCUAAAAGUGCCGGAGCAAGUCGACAGAUAUACGCUUUGUGAAAAAUUACAAGACAAGAAAAAUUUAUUUUCUAUUUUGCUCAAAGACUUUAUAAUAGCUGCAUUGCUUGAUAUUAUUACUUACUGUUUGUUUUUAAACGCUGUUAUUGUCAAAACAUUUUUGAAAGAUUGAAUUAAUUUUUCAAAUUUCUA